CCCCCCCCCUGUUGUGUGCUUGGUUCGGCCCAAGCAGGUCGAUCCACUCCCGACGGAAAGGGGAGCGGAGGCUCCUGGCGGGGGGCUGGGAGCCCGGGCCGCCGGGUGGGGGCGGCAGCUGGAAGACGGAGAGGGCCGGCCGGCAGCGGGUGCCAGUGCUUGAGAGUCCAGGAGGCAAUCUCCCUUCAGUUUAGAUGCACCACUAGUAUAUUCUACCUCCCUGAAUUUCAAAAGCAAAUAUAAACAAGGGGGUAGGUGUCCAACCUAAAAGACCUUAACAUUUAAAGCAAGCAAUGAAGAAGAGAAUAAAACCGGGCGGUAAGAAGAGGAAGAUGGAGAGACUGAAUGGGUCAGGAGAAUGACAUGGAAUUUGGCUAGAUUGUGAAUGAGCAGAUAUGGUAACUGAUGAUGAUUAAACACAGCUGGACUUGCUGAGGAAGGCAGAAGGCUGGCAAGUGCUGGAGUCUCAAGAAAAUGCCAGGCCUUCCUAAGAAGCCAUGAUCACACUGAUAACUGAGCAGCUACAAAAGCAGAGCUUGGAGAAAUUGAAAUGCAUAUCAUUCAGCAUCAACCUGCCUUUGCCCGAUCAUGCAAAUGUGGCCAGCUGUGGCAGCCCCUUCCAGAUAGCGCCUGAGGGGACUUCAUGGAGGGACCUAGCUCCCUGUCCAAAGAUCCAUCUCCAAGACAAUACGGUUCCUUACCAACAGUCCAGCCUAAGCCUUCCCUUGCCAACUUGCAGCCCAGAAAACAGCCCUCUGAACAAUCUUGCAUCCCAAGCACUGGCCACCAACUCUUUAGUUUCAGAAAAAGUUUCUGUGCCCCCUACCAAAAGACACUGUCGUUCACUCUCAGUGCCCGAAGACCUAUCCCGCUGGCAAGCUGUUUGGAGGCCCCUGGGCUCCAAAGUGUGGACACAUAUCAAACGUCGGGAGACCAGUGGAGUGGACACUUUAGCAGUACAAUCCCAGAACCUGGUUCAGGAAGCCAACAGACUUUGCUUCAAUCCAGUCCCCAGUGCCUCUUAUCAGUGUGUUCAAGAUGGUGCUGUUGGUGGCAGGAGCCCACCAUUUUUCAGUCUGGCUCUGUCUCGAGAAUCGCCAGCAAGUGUACCAUGGGAGACAGGAGAGACUUUGCAGCCCUACCCCCUGCAACGCCGUUUCUCUCUGUCACCGGUCAGAUUCUUGCCAUCCCCCCAGAGCUCUACCACUUCCACACCAGAGCUCCUUCGGCACCAGCACAGCCUCCCUCGCAGCCGCUCGCAGCCUUGUGACUUGGACACCAGGAAAUGUGGUCUCAAGCGGCGCCAUGAAGAGGAUGUGAGGUGGCAUAGGCCCUCACUUGAUUUCUACAAGAUGAAUCAGAAACCAUUUGCAGGGGAAGUCUGUCAGUUAGACAAAUCUGAGGAAGGUGGCUAUCCAUCAUGGCUCUUGACUUGCAGCCCACAAUCACCCUCAGCUCCUUGCAGUCCCAUUAAUAAUUGUAUCCAGGUGCUCAGUGAAAGUGAAGAGGAUGAUGAUGAAGAAGAAGCAGCAGCAGUACAAGCAGCAAGACAAAUAAAUUGGAAUUUAGCAAGCAAAAGGACACUCUUUCAACCAGACUUUAGUGAUCUGGAUCUAACGUUGAUUGAAGAGAACUAGCAUUUUGGAUGUCUCCUUGAAAAACUGACUUUGGAGUCAGCCGCAAAGGGAGGCUGCACUCCUGGAUGAGGGUGGGGGAGCGGGGUGGGGGUAGAAGGGAAAGUGGCGGUAGGAUAACGGGGUUUUGUCUGCUUGUUUCUUUUGU